UAACGGCCCAGAGGACUCCUUGUGUGGUCUGAGGAGACUGAGGCUGUUACCCGAAGACGUGAGGAUCAGCAUGACCAUGAACCGGCACGGCUUUCUCCAAGGACUUGUCUUUCUCCUCUUCAGUGUCCUAUCGAGUGCUCAAGAUGAACAACUCCGCCUGGUGGACGGGGACGGCCGCUGCACAGGCAGAGUGGAGAUCCUCCACCAGGGCUCCUGGGGCACCAUCUGUGAUGACUUCUGGGAACUGAUCGAUGCCCAUGUGGUGUGCAGACAGAUGGGCUGUGGACAAGCCCUCGAUGCCUUGGCCUUGGCUCGAUUCGGGGAGGGAUCAGGGCCCAUCUGGCUGGAUGAUGUGAACUGCACGGGAAAGGAGUCCCACGUGUGGAAGUGCCCUUCUAAGGGCUGGGGGGAGAAUAACUGCGAUCAUACAGAGGAUGCAGGAGUCAUCUGCUCAGAGUUCCUGGCCCUGAGGAUGGUGAGCGAGGACCAGGAGUGUGCCGGGUGGCUGGAAGUCUUCUACAACGGGACCUGGGGCAGUGUCUGCCGCAGCCCCAUGGAAGAGCUCACCUUGUCCAUCGUCUGCAGCCAGCUUGGCUGUGGGGACAGUGGAACCCUGAACCCUUCUAUUGCUUUUAGGGAAGGUUCUAGACCCCGGUGGGUAGAUUUAAUCCAGUGUCGGAGAACUGAUACCUUUCUCUGGGAGUGUCCUUCUGACCCUUGGAAAUACGAUUCCUGUUCUCCAAAGGAGGAAGCUUACAUCUCCUGUGCAGGAAUUAGAUCCAAGGGCUGUCCAACUGCUGCCCCCUGCACAGACAAAGAGAAGCUCCGACUCCGGGGAGGAGGCACCCAGUGCUCAGGGCGCGUGGAGGUUUGGCACAGCGGCUCCUGGGGCACAGUGUGUGAUGACUCCUGGAGCCUGGCAGAGGCCGAGGUGGUGUGUCAGCAGCUGGGCUGUGGCCAUGCCCUGGAAGCCCUGGGAAGUGCAGCGUUUGGCCCUGGGAACGGGAGCAUCUGGCUGGAUGAGGUGCAGUGCAGGGGCAGGGAGCCCUCCCUAUGGGCCUGUGCUGCGGAGCCCUGGGGGCAGAAUGACUGCAAGCACGAGGAGGAUGCUGGGGUGAGGUGCUCUGGUGACAGGACAACAGUUCCCCCAACUCGUGGAAGAACCAGUACAGCUUCAUCUCCCAUCCCUGGCAUCUUCUCCCUUCCUGGAAUCCUCUGUGUCAUACUGGCGGCCCUUCUCUUCCUGGUCCUCAUCAUCCUGGGGAUUCAGCUACACCGAGGGAGAGCAGAGCACCAAGCCUUAUCGGCUUUUAAAGAUGCAUUUGAUGAAGCCUUGUACCAGGAGAUUGAUGACCUCGUAAAAUCAGAAAAGGUGGACCUGUUGGAUAACCCAGAUAACCUGUCUGAUGACUCAGCGACUAAGCUGCCGUAUUACACAGGGGACGAUGAGGAGAAUGGAGACCCUGAGUCUGCCCCAGAGCUUCCAGGACAGCAUGUCGAUGCCACAGGAAAUGGUUAUGAUGAUGUGGAUGAGUCACCUAUUCCUGUAACUCCUUCCUUGCCUGGAAUGAAUGAGAAUUAUUUUUCCCCAGAGGAUGGAGGUGGUGCCAGUUAUUCCCAGACAGGCAUCUCUCUGCAGUCUCCUAGAGAAGCUGUCAACUCUAGCACGAAAGAGAAAGAAUCCUCAUUGGUCCUGAGACAAGAUGAGCCUGAAUAUGAUGAUGUUGAGCUUAGCACCAUGUAGAGCCGUUUUGAAGCAAGAAACUCUUCAGGGAAUCGUCUGUAAUAUUGUUUCUCAAAUAAAUGAGAAUCCUGUCUUCUUCCUUACUGCAAAGUUUUUACAUGUAACUAUGAUUAAAGGAAAUUAUUCAUAAUAAAUACUCUGAGCUUAACAGACAAA